UGCUUAAGCUUUUUAUUUAUAUGUGUUGUGUCCAUCAUGAUGGUGAAGUUGACCGCGCGACAGAGGAGCCAGCUGCCCACCUGCUACUACGAGGGAUACCUGGAGAAGAGGUCGUUCAGAGAUAAGACUUCUCUGAAACUGUGGACCUGCCUGUGUGGAAACACGCUGUUCUUCUUCAACGAGAAGAGAGACACUGACUACGUGGAGAAAGUGGAUCUCAGGGGCUUCGUGUCGAUAACGGACGACAGCAGCCAGGACCGUAACCUGGACGCGGCCCGACUCUGCCUCCAGCUGAAAGACGGAAACAUCCGAUUCACCGCUCCGAACGCAGAGGCCCGAGAGCUGUGGAAGGGCUACAUCCGCUCGGUGGCCGAGCUUUGCGUCCCGGCCUCCGUCAACCUGCUGCCGGGUCAGAUCCACAUGCUCAAGGAGACAGUGGAGAAGGAGAAGAUGAGGAUGCUGGACGUCGCUCCGCCGGCACUCGGCAGCGCGGCUCCCGACGGCCUCCAGGGAGGCCGGCCAGCUUGUUUCCACAAUGUGUCUCGCCUGGGGGCCGAGCUGCUGCUGGAGAGGGAGGCCGAGAGGGGAAACCUGCUGCUGAGACCCGGGAGCAACGGGAACUCCUACGCCGUCACCACCAGACAGGACCUUGAUGGCAGCUCUGUCAUCAAACACUACCUCGUGACCCCCAAUCACGGCGGGGGCUUCAUCAUCGACGUGGACAAUCCCGUCCUGUGUGCCACGCUACACAACGUCAUCAACUAUUUGGUGGUAAAAACGGACGGAUUUCUGACUCCUCUCAUCCUGCUGGAGGAAGUCUAUGAGAAAACCAUCUCUUUCAUCGGUAAAGAUUUUGAAAACGGGGAGCGGAGCGUCCAGCAGGCCGUGAGUGGCCUCGUGCCGCCGAGCCCGCCCCCCAGAAGAGUCGCUCCAAGAGCACCGACCUCUGGACCGACCUCUGCACCGACCUCUGCACCGACGCCUGCACCGACUUCAGAAGAUAACGUCUACCUGAAUGACGAGCUGGAGGUGAAAGAGGAGGAGACAGAGGACCUAUCAGCCGCUCCGCUUCCACACCAGGAGAAAAAACCUCCAAAGAGAGCCAUCAUGCCUCCAGUUGCUGCUCUCCGCAGCUCGAUCUCCUGCACCUCCUCCUGCACCUCCUCAUCCACAAACAGCCCGGACCAGAGGAUGAGAACCCUCAUGGACUCUCAGAGACAGAGCGAUCCCCCAAACACCUCCUCCUCCUCCACCACCACAACCAGCCUGGACCAGAGGAUGAGAACCCUCUUGGACCCCCAGAGACAGAUUCCUCUCGCGGCGAUUUCGGAGCUGAAACUCAAGUUGAAGCAAAAGCUCAAGAGUUGAGUGGCCUCUCCUGCUGGAAGGACCCCUCGAAGGCGUCUGAACAUCUGCCCGUUGUCUUCCCCGACUUCCUCUGGUACUGACAAUGGAGGAGUUCUUCUACGCCUGUGUUGCUUUUGUCUACCUUUUUUUGUAAUGUAAAUAUUUGUACAUAAUUAAUUAAAAAUAUAUCUAAAUAUAUGAAUAUAUAACAAUAUAUAUAAUAUGUAUAUUUAUUUAUAUAUAUUAUAUAUAUAAUCACACAUUACUGCCUCAUACGUAAGUAUAAGUGUAAAUUAAAUGUAUUCAUCGAUUGGCCGACACUAGUGUAUUGAAACACGUCCAUCCCAGUCUUUAAAUGUUUUAAUAUGUAUAUAAUAUCAAAUAUAAAAAGAGAGGCUGGAAAUCUCCAUAUUUAAAACAAAAUACUUUGAACAAUUAAUCGAUUUAUUCAAAUAAUUCAAAUGUAUUUUCGACUGAUCGAUGCAGCUUCAGAAUGAAAGAAUAGAGAUGAGUUGUGGUUUCUGUACCCAUUGUAUGUGAUAGUAUUAUUUCUCUCUCUAUAUAUAGAGAAUAUACACAGAUCUAUAUAUAUAUUUAUCUUUUCAGUAAAGUUAAACUCUUGCUUCCAUCACAUAUCAUAUAAAUGUGAACAAGCAACGUGUAGUAUGUGCCAUGCAGCAGUUUCGGGAUGUUCCUGUACAACGUUAUUAUUUCUUUUUCGUAUAAAAACAGUCGAGAUUUG